GAUCUGGACAAACUUUUGAGACAAUUUUUUAUAAUUCAGCUUUCAUUUGUAAGCGCUACAGAUGAAGAGAUAAAUAUCACAAAUAAAUACGCGAAUAUUACAGUUAGUAAUCCAUUUAAAAGUGAUAUUAAUUAUGAACUUGAAGAUAUAUUUUCAAGUAGUAAAGGCAGUUUUAAGAGCCGAAUUUUUAUUGACGGUUUACAAAUGAUUUUACCACCUUUUUGUCUACUUUUUCCUUCUUCUUAUUAUAAAGAAGAAGAAUUGCUAGAUAAUACUUUUAAAGAUAUAAAAUAUUUGCAAUAUUCAUAUCUCUUACUCAUUGAAGGAAUUAAAAAAUGUUGUGGACUAAAGAAACAUGGAAAUGCUCAAAGCAAAACACUUCGUACCUUUGCUUUAGGAUUAAUUAUACAUACAUUACACUUUGCUUCAAUUGCUUAUUUUUUUUCAAGUAGUGAUGAUGAAUCUUCUAGAAAGUCUUCUUUUUUAUGCGAAACCGAUUCUAAUUUCUAG